AUGUCUGAUAUUUCUCUAAGUGAAGAUGAGGAUGAAUCUGGCAGUUCUGAAGUAUUACACACAAAAUUUAAUAAAGCAGCUGAUUUUAUUCAAAAGCAACAUUCAAAUCUUGAACAAGACAUUCUUUUACAAUUAUAUGGAUUAUACAAACAGGUUACAAGCGGAAAAUGUGAUUCGCCGAAGCCAAGUAUUUUUAAUUUUCAAGCUAAAGCGAAAUGGGAAGCUUGGAAUAAACUUCAAUUUACAUCAAAAGAAGAAUGCAUGCAAAAAUACAUUGAAAUUGUAGAAAAAUUAGGUGCAGAUCUUGAAGAAAUUUCUAAUUCGAGUGGAAAUAAAACAAAAACACAAUGGGUUUGCCAUUCAGUACCGUUAAUAGAAACCCAAGACACUAAAACCGAUAGCUGUAAAACUAUUUUUGAUUACGUUAAAGAAGAAAAUCUUGAAAAAGUAAAGAUCUUUGUUAACGCAGACAAUGUAAAUCAAUUAGACGAAACAGGAAUCGGAAUCAUUCAUUGGGCAGCCGAUAGAAAUUCUCUUGAUAUAUUAGAAUAUAUUAUAGAACAUUGUUCCGCAAAUAUAAAUUUAAGGGAUACUGAACAACAAACUGCGCUUCACUAUGCGUCUAGUUGCGGACAUAAUAAAUGUGUGGAAUUUUUGUUAAAACAUGGUGCAAAUAAAGAACUGUCAGAUGACGCUGGACAGACUUCCUUGGAUGUCGCCUUUGACGAAAGUGUAAAAUCAUUAAUAUUAAGUUUUCAGUAAUUAAAGAUCCUAGUUUUUAAAAUACAA